CGACAGGUUAUUGUGGCAGGAGGCCAGCUGCCUGAUGGAUGAAGCCUCAGCUGCAGCCCAAGAAAAAGAAGCAAAUAGCCCGGCUUCUUCUGGUGUUCAAAAUCUUACUUAUCCUCUAGGUCCCAGGAAUGAUGACCUUCCACUUGACUCUCCCUCUCAGCCAGCAAAUCUUCAGUUCCCUCACAUGAUGCCACUUCCUGAAGACAUCAAAGGCUCUUGCUUCCAAAGUGGGAAUAAACGGAGCCAUGAACCCUUCAUCGCUCCAGAACGAUUUGGAAGCAGCACUGUGGGCUUUGGCAGUAACAUUCAUUCUCAGGCACCAGAGAAAGUGACACUUCUCGUAGAUGGCACACGUUUUGUUGUCAAUCCACAAAUUUUCACUGCUCAUCCGGAUACCAUGUUGGGAAGGAUGUUUGGACCAGGAAGAGAGUACAACUUCACACGGCCCAAUGAGAAGGGCGAGUAUGAGAUUGCCGAAGGAAUCAGUGCAACUGUAUUUCGAACGGUGCUGGAUUAUUACAAAACUGGUAUCAUCAAUUGUCCUGAUGGCAUCUCUAUCCCAGACCUUAGAGAUACGUGCGAUUAUCUCUGCAUUAACUUUGACUUCAACACUAUCCGAUGUCAAGAUCUGA